UGGAAUUUGCAGUGCUUUCACAGUUGGAAAACGAAAGCAGAAGCAUUCGGUGAUCGGUUGUUGAAAAAAUCAGAACAAAAAAUACACAAACAUGAGUUCCGCCAUUGUUGAUGAAGAUCUUACUCCUGAGCAAAUUGCUGUGCUCCAAAAGGCCUUUAACAGUUUCGAUCACCAAAAAACUGGUAGUAUUCCAACUGAAAUGGUUGCCGAUAUCUUGCGUCUUAUGGGUCAACCCUUCGAUAAGAAAAUCUUAGAAGAACUCAUUGAAGAAGUUGAUGAAGACAAGUCUGGACGCUUGGAAUUCGGUGAAUUCGUACAACUGGCUGCCAAAUUCAUUGUUGAGGAAGAUGCUGAAGCCAUGCAAAAAGAAUUACGUGAAGCCUUCCGUUUGUACGAUAAACAAGGCAAUGGUUUCAUUCCAACCACCUGCUUGAGAGAAAUUCUCAAAGAACUUGAUGAUCAAUUGACAGAACAAGAAUUGGACAUUAUGAUUGAAGAAAUCGAUUCUGAUCGUUCCGGCACUGUUGAUUUUGAUGAAUUCAUGGAGAUGAUGACCGGAGAAUAAAUUUUUGAAUUUUUAUUUUGGAAAUCAUUUCAACACAAAUAAACACAAAUAAACAAACUGACACAUGCAUAUCAACGCCAACACAUAUAAACAUAAACACAUACAUACAAACACACAACACACACACAUACUCACAUACACACAAUAAACAAAGAUUUUAAUUACUCACAAAAAAAAAUAUUUUUCUAACAUUUUUUUAUGAGAUUUUUUCAUCAUUGGAUGCACUUCUGAACUGAGGUGCACUGCUCCAUUUCAAAAUGACAAUUCAGUUUUGUGUAAAAUUUUUGUAAAUUAAAUAAAAAUUAAUAAAUAUUUUU